CAGGUGAGAGGCUAAUGGCUGGUGAAAGGGUGAAGGAGAGAGUGGAGGGACAGGAGACGGAAAAACAGUCUAAGUCCACCUUUGAUUGUGAAGGGUCUUAUACCCAAAGUAGAGAAAUUUGAUUUUGUUUUCCUCCUGUGGGCAGUGAAGAGCCUUUGAAGAUCAGGCUGUGUUGUUAGGUUUACAGUUUCACUACUUAAGAAGCUGUUUUUCUUGGUUUUUUUUUUUUUUUUUGGCAGAAACAUCUCAACAAUUAGGAAACACUGCCACCAUGUGGCUAUUGGGUGACACAUACUCCAAGCUGUAAACUGCCAAAUUUUCUGUGAUACUGUUUAAUAAUUAAACCAAAGAACACAUCCUUUGAUUCAAAUAGCUGAAGUAGAUCAAUGAUAACCUUACCCCUUAUGUGAAAAGGAUACUUUUCACAAGGUUUUUCGAGAAAUCAAUACCUGAUAAACAACAAGGAAGUACUGUAUAGCCCAGGGAACUGUACUCAAUUUCUUGUAAUCAGAUGUAAUGGAAAAGAAUCUGGGGAAAAAAAUACACAACACACACACACACACACACACACACACACACACACACACACACACACACACACGAAAGAAAUUAUUACCUGGGUUCAUCUCAGAUUUCUUAACUUUUCUUUUAAAAUCCUAAUCUAAAUCUUCAGCGAUUCUGAUCAAGGAUCCUUCCUAUUCCCAGUAACCCCUAUCUCGGGAUCAUAAACUCUUUGGCCCUGCAGAGGCUCUACCAUUUCCAGGCCAGUUUGGCAUCAAGCUGUCUCCAGGCCAUUUCCCUCCGUGGCGGUAGCUUCUAUUUCUGUCUGAGGUCUGUUCUCCUUGUGUGGCUCCGCAGUUGCUCAGACCCAAAUUGAUAUAUUUCCACCAUCUUUAAAACAAAAAAUUUUUUUUAAGCUGGGUGAUUUGGGGCAAGUCACCUGACCUACCUAAGCUUCAGUUACUUCGUCUUCACAGGGUGACUGCGAAGAUGAAAGAUGACACGUGGGCAUGUCCCUGGCACAUCACAAGGAAGCCCUUGAGGGCAUAUUAUUGUUGAGCACGCAACAUGCGCUCAGUUGAGUUCUGUGAUUUGACAUCCGAGGUUUACCUGAUUCUCCACGAACGUUCCCUGAGAGCGAAACUACUCAUUCUCUCUGGCUCUGGGGGAUCACCCCUAUUUUCGUGCGUUGCUUGCCGGCUGCGGGCUGGCCGGAGAUCGCCAUCCACGCGUCUCCCGGGUGCGCAGCGGGCGGCAGGUGCGUGGGCGGGGACGGGGCGGCGCGGGGCGGGGCGGCGUUCACUCCUCGCCCCUCCCUUCCCAGGGGCUGGGGGUGGGGGGGUGUCUGUGGAUAAUUCAAUCCUCGUGGGACUCGGCGUCUGACCUCACCGGCGGCUCGGCGGAUUGGCUGCCUGUCUCAGCUUGCCCCCACCCUCCGUACCCCCCGCGUCCCAGGUGGCUCAGGCCUCCUGUGGCGAUCUGUUUAUUGUGAGAGCACGUCCAAGUUGGGCUCCAUCACUGCAUUUGCUCCCCUCUGGGGCCCCCUCCCGCCGGGGAAGCGGGGAGAAAACCCAGCCAAGCUGUUCCUCGCCCUUCCCCUCCCCGCACCACCCGGAGAGGUCGGGAGGCGAUGACCCCCAAGCCAGCCGGACCCCCGGACGGGGGCUGGGGCUGGGUGGUGGCGGCUUCAACCUUCGCGGUGAAUGGGCUCUCCUACGGGGUGUUACGCUCCCUGGGCCUGGCCCUCCCUGACCUCGAGGAGCAUUUUGACCGAAGCGCUCAGGACACUGCGUGGGUCAGCGCCCUGGCCCUGGUCGUGCAGCAGGCAGCCAGCCCAGUGGGCAGCGCCCUGAGCACCCGUUGGGGGGCGCGCCCCGUGGUGAUGGUUGGGGGCGUCCUCACCUCGCUCGGCCUCGUCUUCUCGGCUUUCGCCCACAGUCUGCUGCACCUCUACCUUGGCCUGGGCGUCCUGGCUGGCUUCGGCUGGGCCCUGGUGUUCGCCCCUGCUCUCGGGACCGUCUCCCGUUACUUCUCCCGCCGUCGAGUCUUAGCCGUGGGGCUGGCACUCACGGGCAAUGGGAUCUCCUCGCUGCUCCUGGCGCCCGCCUUGCAGUUUCUCCUUGAUAAUUUCGGCUGGCGGGGCGCCCUGCUCCUCCUUGGUGCCAUUACCCUCCACCUCACCCCCUGUGGCGCCCUGCUGCGACCCCUGGCGCUCCCUGGCGACCCCUCGGCCCCACCCCGAGGCCCUCUAGCUGCCCUCGGCCUAGGUCUCUUCACACGUCGGGCCUUCUUGGUUUUGGCUCUAGGCACGGCCGUGGUGGGGGCGGGGUACUUCGUCCCCUACGUGCACUUGGCCCCUCAUGCUUUAGAUCGGGGCCUGGGGGGCUACGGGGCGGCGCUGGUGGUGGCGGUGGCAGCGGUGGGGGAUGCAGGAGCCCGGCUUCUCUGCGGGUGGCUGUCGGACCAGGGUUGGGUGCCCCUCCCGCGGCUGCUCGUGAUGUUCGGGGCAUUGACAGGGCUGGGGCUGCUGGCGGUGGGUCUGGUACCCGCGGUGGGGAGCGAGGGGAGCUGGGGGGGCCCCCUACUGGCCGCCGCUGGGGCCUACGGGCUGAGCGCCGGAAGUUACGCCGUGCUGAUUUUCGGUGUGCUCCCGGGGCUGGUGGGCAUUGGAGGUGUUGUACAGGCCACCGGCCUGGUGCCUAUGCUGAUGAGCAUCGGGGGGCUUCUGGGCCCGCCCCUGUCAGGCUUCCUAAGGGACGAGACAGGAGACUUCACCGCCUCCUUCCUUGUGUGCGGCUCUUUCAUCCUCUCUGGCAGCUUCAUCUACAUGGGGCUGCCCAGGGCGCUGCCUUCCUGCCGUCCAGCCGCCCAUCAAGCCACCCCUCCCCCUGAGAGGGGGGAGCUGCUCUUCGUUCCUCAGGCUGCGCUGCUCUCCCCAGGAGGCCCUCACUCCACUCUGGACACCCCUUGUUGACCAUUUUCUUGUUUAACUCCCUCCUCCAAUAAAGGAUUUCUAUUUGCUUUUUCUGCAA